GCUGUGUGUCGAAGGUCACAGCGCUCACAAUGGAGCUGUCGGAGUAUGUGCAGAGCGGCUUGCAGAUCCUAGCCGAUUCUGGCUGCUUUUCUCCUAGCGCCUACACGGUUCUGCUCCAGACGGCUUUCCAGAGCCUGCUCAACGCCCAGGCGGACCAGGUAGCUUUAGAUCACCCAGUCUUGAAACAUAUUGACCCAACAGUAUUAAAACAUUGUCAUGCAGCAGCUGCAACUUGUAUACUGGAGGCUGGAAAACACAAAGCCGACAAAUCUACUAUAAGCACGUAUCUAGAAGACUGUAAAUUUGAUAGAGAGAGAAUAGAACAAUUUUGCACCGAAUAUCAGAAAAACAAAGAUACGUUGGAAAUCAUAUUGGGAAGUAUAGGCAGGUGUCCUCUGCACGUAACCGAUGUUUCUUGGCGCCUGGAAUAUCAAAUCAAGACCAACCAGCUUCAUAAAACGUAUCGACCUGCCUAUUUGGUGACCUUAAAUGUGGAGAACAGCGACUCAAGAUCACACCCUGACGUUAGUUUUAGUUGCACUAUGGAACAGUUACAGGAUUUAGUUGGAAAACUAAAAGAUGCAGCAAAAAGCCUAGAAAGAGCCUCUCAGAUGUGAUCGAAGGACAUUGACAAUCCACCGGGUUCAAGAGGAAGAAAAGUGCACUGACUCCUAACAGUUUCUUCAUAGGGAACAUGAUGAAUCAAUUUUCUUCUUUUUAAAAUCUCAUGUAGUUCAAACUCUUAGACCUUGUUACUUAUGUAUCAGCUAUUUAAUCUGAAAUUCUGUAUUCUAGUAAGUGUAACUACUCUUUCUGUGCAGUCCAAUUUAUGUUCUUUGUUAAAGUCCUGUUUUCUUAUCACAACUAUUCUUACAUUAGAUGGCUAGAUAAUUGAUUUGUCUUUAAAAUAUUCACUUUAUUUUAUUUUGUGCUUCUGAAAUAUUAUUUUUCUGAUAUUUUUUCCACACGUUAUAAUAAAAGGCAUUAAUUAUUUUCUCCAUUUUUGUGGAUGAAAAGUUCCCAAGGGGAGGAAAUAGCAGCUCCGUUUAAAAUGACCUUUCCUUGGAGGAACAGUAUUAUCCUUCAAAAGGCAAAAACUAGUUCAGUGCGAGACUGUUAAGGUUCUAUCGAUAUAAUUUGUUAGAUUGUAAUGCCGUUGUCUGUCCAUUGCUGUAUCCUUCACUCCAAGUGAUGUUGCACCUUGUGUGAGAUUAAAAUUCACUCAAACUUUA